AUGUCAUCUGGCCAACCGGAGUGUCUCACUUCAUUAGUUUCAUACGUUCCGGAUUUUACUUUUGGGCAGCGAACAGAUAUCAGAAAUCAACUUACUACUAGUACUAUUCAGGGGCAGAAUCUCUUCAUUCCAGAAGUGUUAGAAGUUGUCAGUGCGCGUGGUAAUACUAACUGCGAACCCAUUUGUGAAAGGAGUAUUUCACCUCCGUUACGCUCAGCGUUGAAAAAGACCAAUCUGAAAAAAUUUGAAGACAACACAGAAGACAUAAAAAAAGAAGAAAGCCAAAGUAUUCCAAAACGUCCUCUUGACGUAGUAAAAAAAGAAGGACAAUUGAAAGCAUUUCCUGCCCGAUUAUUGCAGAAAAAGAAGACAGUUGCUUUUGGAAGAACUGUCAAUUUAUCGCAAACUAUAGAGGGUGCUUCAAAAUCACAACCGAAAUUAUUGAUGGAUAGUAGCUCUCAAAACGAUAAAAUUCAUAAAGUGAAGCAAAACAGCAGUGAGCAGCAACUCAUGAAUGAAUUGAAAAAAUUAAAAGAAGAUGUGCGAACUCUGCAAAUUAAAAUUGAUGAAUUAUUGGUAAAAGAUUCGGAAAGAAGUGAUCAGUUUUUAAGAUUGACGGAAACUCUAAAGGUAUGGAAACUGUUACUGCAAUUAAUAAAUAUUUUAGCAUUAGAUAAAGAUGUAGCCACAAAUGGAACAAAUGAAAAUUUUUCAAGUGUUCCUCAUCAAGGAGAAUUCGAAAAAAAUAAAAAACAAAUUAUGGAAGAGCCAUCUAAAGAGGAAUUGAAAUGGGCAAUGAUGAAACGGAAAUACGCAGAAAAUGAAAAUUUUAAGCGUUUAGUUGAUGAGGCAAUUAUGAAAUUUGGGGGGGAUGAAAGUCUUGAUAUUUUUGCAGAUCAAAACAAAGGCGAUAUCAGCAGGAAGAAGUCACAUCCUGUUUCACCUGUAAUUAGAAGUACCACACGAGUCACGAGGCAAAUGACUGUUAAACAAGUACAGCGACCCAGAAGUCCAUCGGCUUUUUCAUAUGAUUCGAAGAAAUAUUUGGCUAGAUAUGGUAUAAUUCCCGCUGUUAGUGAUGUAGAUGAUUUCGAAUCAAAGAUUAUUGAUGAUGAGCAACAACAAGUAUCUGUACAAUCCAACUACCAUCCCGGAAAUUCAGUAACUUAUUAUUCAAGAAAUGUCCAGUGUAACAAUCUGCAUCGAAAAAAUGAGGGGUGGUUAGAUUUCGCUGGAAACUGCUAUGACCCAGAAUACCGAAAAGAAAGACGUUACUAUACCAAAAAGAAACCAUCACGUACUGUGUAUACUGAAACAAAUUACCAGAUAGAUCAUUUUGACAACGAUGAAGAUGAAAAUGUUGAUGACGUCAUUGAAGUUAGUGAUAGUUCAGAAGCUGAAGAUUAUUAUCCACCUGAAGCUCAAAUGCGUUCACCUCGAAAUAUUAGGGUUUGGCGAGGACAUUGCAAGAAGGAGACUAUGCCUCAACACAUGAAUGAAAGAAUAAACAGAUCUGCCUGGGAUUAA